GAAAGUUUUGGGUGUAUGUAGAAAACCCCCGUUCUUGCGGCAUUGUGCAGUCAGUCAGUGUGUGGAAUUUCGGACCCAAGACUCUCCCGGGUUUUUCUUUAUUUCCCGUUUCAAAAGGCAGAAUGUAAGGUGCUCUCAGCCGUUGGAUGAGACGUUUCCUCAAGAUGCGCGUUGAAUUCCAACGACUUUUAACGCCCUUCAAUUUUGCAACUGCCUCUUGACAUUGUCUGCUCUUCUCAAAGGGACAAGUCUUACCCAGAAACAGAGCCUCAAAGCCGAGUUCAAGGAAGCAAGCGCCCUGGUUUCGAUUUCUUAUACGACUUGUUGCAUUUUCUUCUUUCCCAACAUGGCAGGAAGAAAGUGAGGCGCUAAUUGGAUCUUGAUGUAAGUGUACUCCAUAGAAAAAGAUAUAUUGACAUCACCAUAACUAGAUUGGAGAAUUGGUGCUUGUGACUCGAGUGUAAAGGACAAAACAUAAGCAGAAUGGACUUCAGUGAUGGAUUUGUAUCAAAAGAGCAUCGGGAGCUUCACCGAUCUGCUUCAGAAAGUGCAGAUCCAUUAUCUGUGUCUCCACUGCACAUUUCUCCGAGGUCUCCAAGGUCUCCAAAGUCCCCCAAAACUCCCAAGUCCCCCAAGUCUCCAAGUUCUCCAAAGAUGCAGGGCAAACAUGGAAAAGGAAGCCCACUCAAGCAAGAUAGGCAUUCACAUUCUUCAGUAGAUGGGCGUCCUAAAAAGGGUGGUUCUGGGGGUAAAGGCACCUGGGGAGGGUUACUUGAUACAGAUGAAAAUGACGUUCUUGAUCCAAAUGACCCAAACUUCAAUAGCAGUGAGGAAUGUGAAAAUCCAAUUGCGAAAAAAGAGAGGGUCGACUUUGAGGAGUACAAAAAGAAAGCUACAAUAAUAGUGGAGGAAUACUUUACUACUGAUGACAUUACCUCAACUGCAAAUGAAUUUAGAGAACUUGAUAGACCUAACUACAGCUAUUAUUUUGUAAAGAAGCUUGUCUCUAAGGCUAUGGAUAGGCAUGACAAAGAGAAAGAAAUGGCUGCUGUUCUUUUAUCUGCACUAUAUGCUGAAUUCAUUGAUCCCCCACAAGUUUACAAAGGUUUCUGUAAACUGGUAGAAUGCGCAGAUGACUUGAUUGUGGAUAUCCCAGAUACUGUUGAUGUUCUUGCACUGUUCAUUGCCCGGGCUGUGGUUGAUGACAUACUUCCUCCUGCAUUCCUAAAAAAAGAAAUGAAUUACUUACCUAAAGAUUCAAAGGGUGUUGAAGUCUUGAAAAGAGCUGAGAAGGGCUACUUAGCAGCACCACUUCAUGCAGAAAUCAUUGAGCGGCGAUGGGGAGGUAGCAAAAAAAGGACUGUUGAGGAUGUUAAGGCUAAGAUAAACAAUUUGUUGAUAGAGUACGUAGUGAGUGGUGAUAAGAAAGAGGCAUGCAGAUGCAUCAAGGAUUUGAAAGUUCCUUUUUUCCAUCAUGAAAUAGUUAAACGAGCUCUUGUAAUGGCAAUGGAGAGGCGGCAAGCUGAAGGCCGGCUACUAGAUCUGCUGAAAGAAGCUGCUGAAGAGGGUUUAAUUAACUCAAGCCAAGUAUCAAAAGGCUUUGGUAGGAUGAUUGAUUAUGUUGAUGACUUAUCACUGGACAUACCAAAUGCGCGGGGAAUUUUGCAGUCAUUGAUCUCUAAGGCAGCAUCAGAAGGCUGGUUGUGUGCUUCAUCUUUGAAGUCACUCUCUUUGGAGCCAGAAAAGCGAUCAUUAGAAGAUAGUGUUGCCAGAAUUUUCAAGACAAAGGCUCAAUCUAUUAUUCAAGAGUACUUCUUGUCUGGGGAUAUCUUAGAGGUAAACAGUUGUCUAGAGUCAGAGAACAGUACUUAUUCGUCUGAGCUGAAUGCUAUCUUUGUUAAAAGAUUGAUAACUCUUAGGGAGAAGGAAAUGGCAUCAGUCUUACUGUCAUCCCUGUGUUUUCCAGCUGAUGAUGUUGUGAACGGGUUUGUAAUGCUGAUAGAAUCAGCAGAUGACACAGCUCUGGAUAAUCCAGUUGUGGUUGAGGAUCUUGCAAUGUUUCUUGCUAGAUCUGUGGUGGAUGAAGUCCUAGCUCCACAACACUUGGAAGAGAUUGGAAGUCAGUGCGCGGCACCAGAGUCCAUUGGGAGCAAGGUUCUUAAAAUGGCAAAGUCAUUGCUAAAGGCUCGACUUUCUGGGGAGCGGAUACUAAGGUGUUGGGGUGGUGGAGGAAGCAGCAGACCUGGAUGGGCAGUUGAGGACGUUAAGGACAAGAUUGGAAAGUUGCUAGAAGAGUUUGAGUCUGGAGGGGGCGUCAGAGAGGCUUGCCGGUGCAUGAAGGAAUUAGGCAUGCCAUUUUUCAAUCAUGAGGUUGUCAAAAAAGCUUUGGUGGCAAUUAUGGAAAAGAAGAAUGAAAGACUUUGGAUUUUGCUUGAGGAAUGUUUCGGCUCUGGACUCAUAACAAUGAACCAAAUGACAAAGGGGUUUGGGAGAGUAGCAGAGUCUCUAGAAGACUUGGCUUUGGAUGUCCCUGAUGUCCAGAAACAGUUUACCCAUUACGUUGAACGAGCGAAGAAUGCAGGGUGGUUGGAUUCCUCAUUUAGUUUCAGCAAAUCAGGACACAUUACAGAGAAUGGCACUGGCUAACUUGUUAACUUGUAUUCCAAUUUCCCUGAUCGUAAAUGCGAUGCGAGUGCAUAAGCACAAACACAUGUGUGCAAACAAGCAUAUUCAUAAGUGCAAUACAACACACAUUGUAAACUUCCGGCUACAUUUUCCUUCAGCAUCUUAUUUAGCUCCUUUCUUCCUUUC